CUUUUCCAUUUUGCUGUUGUACGUUGCUGAGUCCUUAAAUUCCUAUAAAGUAUCCCUAUACACUUUUCAAGAUGGGUAGGGAGGAUAAAGCAACAUGGAAGUCAAAUUAUUUUACUAAACUUGUUCAAUUAUUGGAUGAUUAUCCUAAAUGCUUCAUUGUGGGUGCGGACAAUGUCGGUUCUAAGCAAAUGCAACAGAUUCGUAUGUCGCUGCGUGGAAAUGCUGUUGUACUGAUGGGUAAAAAUACCAUGAUGAGAAAAGCGAUUCGUGGUCAUAUUGAACGUAAUGCAGCAUUGGAGAAAUUAUUGCCUUAUAUUCGUGGUAAUGUCGGAUUUGUUUUUACCCGAGGUGAUUUGAUUGAAGUGAGAGACAAAUUGCUGGAGAAUAAAGUACGGGCACCAGCCAGAGCAGGAGCUAUUGCACCUUUAAGUGUUAUCAUUCCUGCACAAAAUACAGGACUUGGUCCUGAAAAGACUUCUUUUUUUCAAGCUUUGAGUAUUCCGACUAAGAUCUCAAAGGGUACUAUUGAAAUUAUAAAUGACGUUCAUAUUCUUAAACCUGGUGAUAAGGUGGGAGCUUCAGAAGCUACGCUCUUAAACAUGUUGAACAUCUCUCCUUUUUCUUAUGGCUUACUGGUUGAACAAGUGUACGAUUCUGGUACUAUUUUUGCACCUGAGAUUCUAGACAUCAAACCUGAGGAUCUGCGUGAAAAAUUUAUGGCUGGGGUUGCGAAUUUGGCUUCAGUCUGCUUAGCGAUUGGUUAUCCUACGGUCGCCAGUGCACCACAUAGCAUUGCAAAUGGCUUUAAGAACUUGCUAGCAAUCGCCGCUGUUACUGACGUUGAAUUUGUGGAAGCUGCCACCAUCAAGGAAUAUGUCAAGGAUCCAAGCAAGUUUGCCGCCGCCGCCGCUGCUGUAACAGCUCCAGCAGCCAUAGCUACCGACGCUCCUGCUGCAGAGAAGAAAGAAGAGAAGAAGGAAGAAUCAGAGUCAGAAGACGAUGACAUGGGUUUUGGACUGUUUGACUAAUGCACACGUAUUUACAUUAUGUGUGCAUAACCAUCUGAAACAAUUUUUGUCGUCAAGGAAACAAGCAUUGAUUCAGAUUUGGAUCAUUUUAUAAACGCUUUUCUGACAUUAAAAUAAAAACAAAUAAAAUUGAA